GAGGAAGAGGAGGAGGAGGAGAAGGAGGAGGAGGAAGAUGUCACCCGUUGAUCUGUCAUUUCUCUUUUCCAGCCAGGAUGGGGGACGCUGCUAGCACCGAGCUGGGCCGGCGGUGAGGCGGGGGGGGUACGCAGGAAGAGGAUGGGGAGGGGGGGGCGAAGGUGAGGGCAGCCCCCCUCCCGAACAAAUCCCCCACCCCAUCGGGCCAUCGCCAUGGCGACGAAUUUUAACGACAUCAUCAAGCAAGGCUACGUGAGGAUGAAGAGCAAGAAGCUGGGGAUCUACCGGCGGUGCUGGCUGGUCUUCCGGAAAUCCUCCAGCAAAGGGCCCCAGCGCCUGGAGAAGUACCCGGAUGAGAAGUCGGCGUGCCUGCGCGGGUGCCCCAAGGUGACCGAGAUCAGCAAUGUCAAGUGCAUCACCCGGCUGCCCAAGGAGACCAAGAGACAGGCCGUGGCCAUCGUUUUCACCGACGACUCCGCCCGGACCUUCACCUGCGAUUCGGAGCUGGAGGCGGAGGAGUGGUACAAGACGCUGUCGGUGGAGUGCCUGGGCGCCCGCCUGAACGACAUCAGCCUGGGGGAGCCCGACCUGCUGGCGCCCGGCGUGCAGUGCGAGCAGACGGACCGGUUCAACGUGUUCCUCCUCCCCUGCCCAAACCUGGACGUUUACGGCGAGUGCAAGCUGCAGAUCACCCAUGAAAACAUCUACCUCUGGGACACGCACAACCCCCGGGUGAAGCUGGUCUCCUGGCCCCUCUGCUCCUUGCGCCGCUACGGGCGCGACGCCACCCGCUUCACCUUCGAAGCCGGACGGAUGUGUGACGCGGGGGAAGGGCUCUACACCUUCCAGACACAGGAGGGCGAGCAGAUCUACCAGCGCGUGCACAGCGCCACGUUGGCCAUCGCCGAGCAGCACAAGAGGGUCCUGCUGGAGAUGGAGAAGAACGUCAGGCUGCUGAACAAGGGCACCGAGCACUUCUCCUACCCCUGCACCCCCACCACCAUGCUGCCUCGCAGCGCCUACUGGCACCACAUCACCGGCUCCCAGAACAUGGCCGAGUCCUCCAGCUACGCUGGGGAGGCGUACGCGGGCGCCCAGGCCAGCUCGGACACCGACCUCCUCAACAGGUUCAUCUUGCUGAAGCCAAAGUCCUCCAAAAGCGACAAGCCCCAAAGCAGGGAGCCAACAUCGUCCCCGUGAGCCGGCGGCGGGGGACCAUGGCGGGGGUCCCCUUUUUCUUCCCUGAGGGUUGGCGAGGACACGGGCAGCCGAGUCCGCAGGCAGGGCAAUCCUCCGUGCCAAGACCCCGGGGGAGCAGCGCUGGCUCCUGCCCGGGCCUGACGUUACAGGAGGUGCCGGCUGGCUCAGCCUUGACUGACUUGAAAUAUAUAUUGAAUAUCCGUAUUGUAAGAGAUUUUUUCCUUCUCACACGAACGCAAACUUCACAGCUGCCGAAGAGCCCUUGGGCGGAGAUGCUCAGAGGUGUUUUUUGGUUUUUUUUUGACUCUUGGGGAUCCAGCUGGGAGGUGGAGAAGAGAACGGGGGGUGAAGAAAUGCGGUGUGUUUUCUGCAAGGGGGGGGGAGGCUGGAGCAUCGCCCAGCGCUGGAGGACACGGCUGUGCCAGGCUGAUGCUGCGGGGCACCAGCAUCUCCCCCCAGUGAAGAGCGGGGUGCUCCUGGGGACACCCCGCCACCCCUGAGCUGAUUUCUUUUGCACUUCUUGAAGCUAUUUAAACACUCGCUGUAGAAUUGAGACAUCUCAGGAGAAACUGGUUUUCCUUCCAGGGGGUCAGCAGGGGUGAGCAGCCAGGCAGAGCCGGGCCCCCCGGCUUUCCCGGGCUGCCCCCACCCCAGCACCCCUCACUCCUCCACCCACAGCUGCUCCCCCCCAGCACUGCCUCCCCCCCCAGUUUAUCUGCUGGUGGGCAACCCAGGGACUGGUUUUGGCCAGUAGCAUCUGUCCCUUGAGGGGCAGCUUUGCGGAUAUAAAAUGUCCUUGGCAGAGAAGCCCACACUGAUGGGGGGGGGGGGGGGGGGGUUGGGGGGGGGGGGGGGCACGCUUCUCCCUGCAUUCCCAUCGCCCUCGCUCCCGGUGCAGCCGGGUGAAAGCCCUCACCGGGGUGGGGGGGGAGAGCUGGGCUUCAUGUGCAGAACUCGAAAGCAAUUAAUUUUUUUUCUAGUUCUCCUAUUUAUUGACCUCCUUUAGAAGGGCUAUCUUUUUAUUGCUGUGCAAACCUUGGUGUUUCUUUGGAGUCUUCUUUCGGUCCGGGUCGGGUGGUCGGUGGUUUUAUUUCUGCCCUUAAAGCUCCAGGUCCGUGCUUUGGGGAGGGGGAGUGUCGUGCUGUGGGAACCUGUGGUCUGUAAAUACUGUGUCUUGGGUUUGUGGGGCUUGCGGCUGGGGAGCUGCGGGAGGGAGAAGGGCUGCUCCCCGCAGCACGGCCGGGUGCGGAGGGGCUCGUCAGCACCCCAGCACUGCCCGGUAGCGCGUCCUCCCCCAGCUGAGAGGUGUAACCCGCUCUCUUUUCCUGGCUACACACCUCAUCUGGAAAAGAUUUAACAUUUAUUACCAAAAAUGUUUGGGUUUUCUGUUUUUUUAAGGAGUUGCUCAAUGAAUAAACAACCCUCAUCCACC